AUCAGAACUGGGGGGGUUUGAUUGUUCCUCUUCCUCGCUCUCGCUACUAGAAGCGCCAUUUUUGGAGCUGGCAGCGCCAUUUUGGGAGCUCUGACUGCGUGUGACUGGAAAGGCGUAAGGGUGAGUAUUCUCUGGGAGAGUAAGGGCUGCAACGCUUUGAGUCGCUGCCCGAAGAUCAGCAAGCAAAUUGGCAGCUCGCAGCCGUUCCUGAUUAAAGGUUUCUUUAAAAUUAUCGGCGUGUAGCCGGAGAUUUUCUGUGGCCUCUUCUAGCGCAUUGGACUGAGGCAGGGACGUAACUGGAUAAAAUUGAGAACGUGGUUGAGGAUUUGGCUCUGAAAGACCAGGCACAUAAGGAGGUGGCCGAAACGGAGGAAGGGAAUGAUCCUCCACAGAAAGUAAGUUUUCAGCUUUUGUUUCAACUUUACACUGAUUGGCUAGCGGACAAACCUGACUGAUAGGGGUGUUUGGUCUACUUUCGUUUGGGUCCUCAUUUAGAGGUUUUUCAGGCAUGUCAAUAAUUACUGAGUUGGCUUCUGAGGCGGGGCGAGAGUGCUCUCUUAACGCUUCUUCCCCUUUUCUACAGAGCUUUUGAAUAUCAGGGGCCAGAGAAUGGACUUUUAGGAUUUCAUUAAUUAGAUUCCAGUAAGUGAAAGCAGUGACCGGGACCUUUUCAGGACCGAAGGUUCGGUAGUAGUCUUUUAAGCAAUCACCGACCCUUUGCCAGCAUCGCUGGUCUAUGGUACCUUCCUGGGGGAACCAAGGACAGGUUUUUAGUAGGAAAUCAAAAAAGCGUGUGAGAUCCUUUUUCUUAACUCUAGUUCCUCGUGCCUUGAGUGAUUCUUUGACCUGACUAAUAUAUAACUGGUGCUGGGAAGUUACUUGUCCCAUGAUGGGGGUGGGGGGCUUACCUUUCGUUGUUUUCUUUCUUUUCUUUUCUUUUCUCCCUCUUUCGCCGACACUGAUCAACUGCUGAACGGAUUCGUCUCGCGAGCGAGUUACUUCGCGGCGAUCCCUGGUGCGUGUGCCUUGCUACUCCCUAUUUGUGGAAUGAGGAGACAUUUCUGGCAGAAAGAGCAACAAAGAAGACAAUUCAUACAAUGGUGGGGCAAUAGGUUCUGCAAAUAGGAUGAUGGAUUUCUUGGAAGAGCCUAUACCUGGUGUGGGGACCUAUGAAGAUUUCAAUACAAUCGACUGGGUGAGAGAGAAAUCUCGAGACAGAGAUAGGCACCGAGAGAUUACUAAUAAAAGCAAAGAGUCAACAUGGGCCUUAAUUCACAGUGUGAGUGAUGCUUUUUCUGGCUGGUUGUUGAUGCUACUUAUUGGGCUUUUAUCAGGUUCCUUAGCUGGCUUGAUAGACAUCUCUGCUCAUUGGAUGGCAGACUUAAAAGAAGGUAUAUGCACAAAGGGACUCUGGUUUAACAAUGAACAUUGCUGCUGGGACUCUAAGAAUGUCACCUUUGAAGACAGAAACAAAUGCCCAGAGUGGAAUAGCUGGUCCCAGCUUAUCAUCAGCACGGAUGAGGGAGCCUUCGCCUACAUAGUCAAUUAUUUCAUGUAUGUCCUCUGGGCUCUUCUAUUUGCCUUCCUUGCAGUGUAUCUUGUCAAGGUGUUUGCACCUUAUGCCUGUGGCUCUGGAAUCCCUGAGAUAAAAACUAUCUUGAGUGGUUUCAUUAUUAGAGGCUAUUUGGGUAAGUGGACCCUGAUUAUCAAAACUAUCACAUUGGUGCUGGCAGUAUCAUCUGGCUUGAGCCUGGGCAAAGAGGGCCCCCUAGUGCACGUGGCUUGCUGCUGUGGGAAUAUCCUGUGCCACUGCUUCAACAAAUACAGGAAGAAUGAAGCCAAACGCAGAGAGGUCUUGUCGGCUGCAGCAGCAGCUGGUGUAUCUGUAGCAUUUGGGGCACCUAUUGGCGGAGUAUUAUUCAGCCUAGAAGAGGUCAGCUACUAUUUUCCUCUCAAAACGUUGUGGCGUUCAUUCUUUGCUGCCUUGGUGGCAGCAUUUACUCUACGCUCCAUCAAUCCAUUUGGCAACAGCCGCCUGGUUCUAUUUUAUGUGGAGUUUCACACACCAUGGCAUCUCUUUGAGCUCGCGCCAUUCAUUCUGCUGGGCAUAUUUGGCGGUCUGUGGGGAGCUUUGUUCAUUCGCACAAAUAUUGCCUGGUGUCGGAAGCGUAAGACCACCCAGUUGGGCAAAUAUCCUGUCAUAGAGGUACUCGUCGUGACAGCCAUCACUGCCAUCCUGGCUUUUCCCAAUGAAUAUACCCGUAUGAGCACAAGUGAGCUAAUUUCUGAGCUAUUUAAUGACUGUGGCCUUCUGGACUCCUCCAAGCUCUGUGAUUAUGAGAAUCGUUUCAACACAAGCAAGGGAGGUGAACUGCCUGACAGACCUGCCGGCGUGGGAGUCUACAGUGCAAUGUGGCAGCUGGCUUUGACGCUCAUAUUGAAAAUUGUCAUUACAGUUUUCACCUUUGGCAUGAAGAUCCCUUCUGGCCUCUUUAUCCCUAGCAUGGCUGUUGGUGCUAUAGUAGGCCGACUUUUAGGAGUGGGAAUGGAACAACUGGCCUAUUACCACCAUGACUGGGCCGUCUUCAAUAGCUGGUGUAGUCAAGGUGCUGAUUGUAUCACACCUGGCCUUUAUGCAAUGGUUGGAGCUGCAGCAUGCUUAGGUGGAGUGACUAGGAUGACUGUUUCUCUCGUUGUCAUAAUGUUUGAACUAACUGGUGGCUUGGAAUAUAUUGUUCCUCUAAUGGCUGCAGCCAUGACAAGCAAAUGGGUGGCAGAUGCUCUUGGGCGGGAGGGCAUCUAUGAUGCCCAUAUCCGUCUCAAUGGAUACCCCUUUCUUGAAGCCAAAGAAGAGUUUGCUCAUAAGACCUUGGCAAUGGAUGUGAUGAAACCCCGGAGAAAUGACCCUUUGUUGACUGUCCUUACUCAGGACAGUAUGACUGUGGAGGAUGUAGAGACCAUAAUCAAUGAAACCACUUAUAGCGGCUUCCCAGUGGUGGUAUCCCGGGAGUCCCAAAGACUUGUGGGUUUUGUCCUCCGGAGAGAUCUCAUUAUUUCAAUUGAAAAUGCUCGAAAAAAACAGGAUGGGGUUGUGAGCACUUCCAUCAUUUAUUUCACUGAGCAUUCUCCUCCAGUGCCACCAUACACUCCACCAACCCUGAAGCUUCGGAACAUCCUGGAUCUCAGCCCCUUCACUGUUACUGACCUCACGCCCAUGGAGAUUGUAGUAGAUAUCUUCCGUAAACUGGGGCUGCGUCAAUGCCUGGUUACACACAACGGACGACUGCUUGGAAUCAUUACCAAAAAGGAUGUGUUAAAGCAUAUAGCACAGAUGGCCAAUCAAGAUCCUGAUUCCAUUCUCUUCAACUAGAACCAAAGUAUUGUGCUGGAUAUAAAACUGGAAGGACAUUGCAGACCAUGGAUAUAUUUUGUUAACUGGGUACCCAAAACACAUUUCCCAUAUUUGGAUGGUGAAGUUAUGUUAGUGUGUUGUCUCUUUCCUACAGGUUAACCAGUUGUACUACAUAAUCCCUGGAAAUUAAUCUUUUCUUUAGGAGAAAAUACAGUUAGGCUUCUAUGAUAUUGCAUUAGGAAGACUUCAUGAAAGAGUAAAGACGAUUGCUAUGGUUUAAUUCUACUUCUAUUUUUUUUUAAGAAUUUUUUUAAUUUAAAAGAUAAUUGUCAGCCAAUAUGCAAUCACUGAAAACUAUGCAAGAAAAAUCCCAACCAUCCUGACCUAUAUAGCCUUCAGGAAACUCAUGAAUAAGUCACUUUUUGGGGCUCUGUCAUUGGUGGAAGAUGAAGUGCAAACUAAGGGGCUUUACUUUCCCAACCACAGAAAGGAAAGCCAGAAGGAAAGUAGUAUUGAUAUUUUCCAGACUGUGAAGAUUCAGUUUAAAUGUUAUCUUGUUCCUGUUACAAUAUUUAGCAUUAUUAGUUUGUUUGUGUAUAUGUUUAUUUUAAUUUCUGAUUAUAAGACAAUGCUGCUUUGGUUAAUCUCCUCUAAAGAAAUUUAGAGAGGUUGACUUUUAUAGGCUUGCUUGUUCCUGGUACUCUUUUGAAGUGCACAAAGAUAAAUUAUAGAGCUUUCUCCUUGUCUGCAAAAAGGGUAACUUUCCAGAUGGUAUUUGUUUGCCAGUAGACAAGGAGUUUGCCAUGAACUUGUUAGUAGCAAGGAAUGAUUUCUUUCUAGCUUCCUUGAAAUGAAUAAUUAGUAAAGUUUCUAAGCAAAAUCAAUGACUAGGAAUUUCACAUUUUUGUGAAGUCCCAACUAGUCCUCUUACCCAGAUGCGACCUCCAUUGAAUGAUGGUGCUUUAGGCUUCUGGAAUAUGUAAGAAUACUAAAGGGAACCAAGUCUAUACUGCAUACGGGUAAACCAGGGAAGAUCCAGAGCUGCAUCUGCAUUCUCAUGCAUUCCUUUGUAAAGACCACCAGUACUAAAAUAACUGGGCACUCAUGUCUCCUCCAAGCAUUAAGUAUGUACAACAGGCCAGUGUUGUCCCCGUGAGCAUGAAUUAGGCUUGUGUUACUUUCAAAUAUAUUCAAGGUGUCAGAACAGGAUAGGCAGCUGUGACUCCCUUGGGGCUCAUAAUUCUAAAUAAAAUGCAGAGCCAACCCAAGACCCAGGGAUGUAGACAAGGCCUGGUGACACCAAAGGUGCUUGUAUCUAAUUGAAAAGGUGCCUGUCUUAAUUUCCUACCACCUUUACUGCAGUAAAAAACACCACACUAAAGGGACAUGUGGUGAGAGUACAGAGCCACCACCAUCAUUCCUACCACUAUUUUAUUUUCUAUAGUUUUACCCACGUACAAUUAUUCCCCCUCUAUUCUUUUCCCCUUUCCACUCCUCAGUACUGAAUCCUUUCUUUGGGAUUGAGGACUGUGCCUGGUUAAUCAUUGAGAUUACCAAUAAUAACUCCUAGGGGCUAGUUAAAUUGUAAACCAAGAGUCAGCGACCUUAUAGCAUGUGGACCACAGGUGACACACAGCUGUUUUCUUUGCCAUGUGACCCAGCUGCUGUUGCCAAGCCUCCAUUUCCUCCUCACUAGAUACUCACAGCAGUGAGACUAUUGCCAGGGGCAAGAGUUCAUCCUUUAUCAUUUUACAAGUCUGUUUCUGGCACUUCCCCCCAUCCGUCCAGCCCAGAAUCAGUAGUCACUCAGCCUAUUCCCCCUAUCUCCCUGACCCCCCGGCCACCUCAGCAUUUUAAAAGUUGCUGAUCCCCGAUACUAGGAAAUUUACCCCUGGUUCUAAUCGUUCCAAAAUCUGAAAUUCUUUGGUUACACAGACUGGGUAGCCAAAGCUUAUUUUGAUUUUUAUCUUUACAGUAUCAAGGCAAUCUUAAGAGUUUCUCCUUCCAUGUAAAAAAUACUUUAGUAUUUUUAUGAAAAGGAAAAAAAAACCUUAGGGUAUGUUGCAUCACAGUCAUGGCUCAGUAACUUUAUAUUGUUUGUUCUGUCCAUACCACCGAAUUCCCUCACUUGAAAUUUUGACAAUUUGCCUGGCUACCCUUGUAUUCCCUGUAUAUUGUGUAGAAAUCAAAGUUCUUAUCUGUAUGUUUCUGGUUCGUUCAUAUCCUUUCUUAUUAACCAUACUUCCCCACUAAAGUUUUCAAAACAGGAAAUGUUGGUAUUUCUGGUCUUCAAGAACAAUGAAAGGUUUGGUUAUAUUUCAUAGUGCAGCAGGGGUAUGGAGGGCAUCUAAGUUUCCCUUGUGUUUCUUCUAGGUUCUGUUCUUUAUUUUAGACAGAUGAGCCAGUGUUAAGGUGCUACUUCAGAGAAUAUAUUCAAGAAAUUGGAUAACACUGUGCCAAGGUAUACUUUUUAGAUGCUAAGCACCCAACAGCCCUCCAGAGAAUGACAAUAUCUCUUUGAUACCUCACUCCUGAUAAAUCUCAUUCAUUAACCUCAGUUUCUCAGGAAUCCUUGCAGCUCAUAUGCUACAAGUAGCUUUAGUGUGUGGUGUCUGUUAUAUGUUCAAACCUAUAGUUUGGCUCAGUGGUUGGCUAAUGGUGGCUAGAGCUCUCUGCUAUACAGCUGGCUCAGUACCAUAAUAAAAGAGUUUCUUGUCUUGAGGUAAAGAAAAAUGUUCUUUCUGCCAUUGCCAAUUAAGCAAUUGAAUAUACUUAACCAACAAAUAAAAUCAGGAUAGGGAAGUCUGUCAGUAGCAUCAAAUGGCCACAUACCUCAAUAGCAAAAGACAACAUAAUAUGUGAUUUACAAAUUAAUAUGAGUUGAGACUAGUCUAUUUUGGUACUAAAAAAGAAAAUUGCCUGGCACAAGAGGGGAAGGAUUUACACUAGAAUGCCAUUAAGUGCUUCAACAGAAUUGGGAGUUUCUAAGGAAAAAUAUCUGGUAGAUAUCCAGCCAUGAAAGGAAUGAGAGUCUAUAGAUUUGUAAAAGUCUUAACUGCUAUUUCUUAUAUCCUCGGAUCAUCAACUUAAAAAAUUAAAGAAACCAACACAGUUAAUGUUUGAUUAAUUAUACAAUUGGAGAGAAGAAGCAGAAGACUGAUAAUGCAAAAUAAUGGCUGCUUUAAAGAUCAUUUCUAUUUGGAUGUUUUGUCAGAGAUGUGUGUUUAGACACUAUUCUCUUUCCCUGGUCCCAGCUUCUUUCAGGCUCAGCCCAGCUGUGGAGUAGGAAUGGUGUAAUCCACACAAUAGAUAUCCUCUGGUGGAUAAUCUGAUAUUGACAAUAAUUUGAAUUUGCCAGUUGGCAGAGCAAACGAUUAAUUUGCUGAUUGAACUGCAAAGCAAGUCAAUUGUUCUGGCAUCAAAGGCUGAAUCUGAACCCUUUAUAGGAAGAGCAGAGCACAGUAUAAAUUUCUCUAGUGGGUCAUCAAUUCUUUUAGGACAUGAGAAUGAUAAAAUAACGGGAACUUAAUGUGAUCUAAGGCUGCAACAUAGUUCAGGACCAAGGAUUUAUGAGCCCAUGCAGGUAUGGAGAGAGCAAAUAUAUGUUUUAAAAAAUGUAAAGUACAAGAGAGUCCAUUAUGGAAAAUAACCAUUGCUGUAUGUUUUAAUAAGUAUUUAAAUCACCUGCUAUGAUUGGGUCUUUUGUUUUGUUUUUUAAUAAAUCACAAAAGGCUCAAUUUUUGAAGUAAGUUUUUAAUAAUGAUCAUGAAAACAAUGUUGAGAAUUUGAAAUGGCCAGUGUGAUUUAUAUUGCCAAAGUACUUACUGGUGAUUGAUCUGCACUAUAUUGGAAGGAACCUGUUUACCCACUAGAACCAAAUGUGGACCACCCAUCAAUCAGUUCAGAGAAAGCAGGCAAGCAUUUUUCAUGGUGGUGCAUAGAAUGUUGAAAUCUUGACAAACCUGAGAAAAAUCAAAAAUUUAGAAAGUAAAUGAGAUGUAUAACAGUGAAUUCUUUUUUAAAAAAAAAAAUAGACAUCUACAUAAUGUGGUCUGAACUUGUGUUCACCUCUGGGAUUAACUGGGCUCCCUUUGGAGAAGGAAUUGAAAGUUAUGGCAGUGAAAAAGCCCUGGUAAGAAAAUAUGUGAGUUUGUAUGGGUUGGUGGGAGGAGGCCAUUCCCUGCCUGGCCAUCCUGGCAUUUGUAAACUGCUUAAUCAUGUGUCUCCAAGGGAGAUAAAAAUCAAGUACCCCCCAGAGACCAGGCUUUACAAGCCAAGAAGCAGCCCAAAGCAGUGUGUGGCUUGAGGAUAGUCUCCUUUUAUGGAGAGGGCUGACCUAAGACAUUUGCUGUUGAAGGAGUGCAGCCUCUGUUGCCAUUGCCUAAAUGAUAAGCUUUAGAUGGAUUGUCUUUAAUUUUGAUAGCAAAAUAUUUUUAAAUUGAUUAUAUUUUUAGCCUCCCUAGUAUGUACUUACUGAACAUCAAAAAGAAAAAGGCAGGGGUUUCUCAUGUCAGAACUCAAGGAGCUAGUUGUGUUAAAUUUGAAGUUAAAUCAGUAUAGUGGACCUCUGUUGGUCACUGAACCUUGCUCUGCUACAAUUUUGGUUGUUUGCUCCAAGGAGAGAAGUUCUUGGAAUGGUGAAUGUUAGCAACUUCAGUUAUGCGCCAAACUUUUGCUGGCCACAUUCUCAUUUCUAAACAUCUGGAUCUGGGCAAAGUUUUGAAGUGUUAUAGGGAACAAAAUUGAUUUUCCACUGUGUAGUCUGAUUUUGCCAAAUCACCUGAGAAAAAAGGAAAGUAUAUGAUUUGCAGAAUUUGAGAUUCUUGGAAAGGAUCUAUCCAGGUCACCUGGCCCAAUCCUGGAGUCAUAAAUUCCUACCUCUUAAGUUCCUGCCAAAGGGUCUUCAGGCUCUGUGUGUACACACUCAUUGAAUGAAUGCCUUGCCUAAAGUUUGGCCUUUUAGGUAGAGAGAUCAUAUGAUGAUUUUUAAAUGUGAGGCUUUAAAAAUGAUUUCUGCCUCUGCGCACACACACCGCCUCCUCUCUCCUGUUUCAGGAAUCCAAAUUCCUCUCAGUUAUUACCAGCAUACUGUUUUGGAUGUGGAUCUUGGGAGAGGGGGAGGAUUGUUCUGGGAAUAGAGAAUGGAAGAUACUUCUGAGUUGAAGGGGCCCAUGGGGCUUUGCUCCAUCUUAGGGGCUAAAGCCAAUGGCAGUUGUCAGGGGGUAUUGAGGGCCUUAUUUAGCAUCUCAAGGAAGACACAUAAAGUAUUCAUUAAUAAACCUUAUCUACUAGUCCAAAUCUGUUGAAAUUCAGAGGCAGUCUAGGAGUUGAUGAGUGGAAUGCCAUCUGGCAAAAUGGGGACAAGAAGGUGACCUGAGAUCAUUUUAUCAGGGUGGUAGUUUUCAGGCUUAUUUUCAUAUUGAGUGUACCUCAAAAUAUAUGGUCCCUCAAGAGUGCUCAUUUCUCCUCCAUUUCACUUUGCCUCUCUUCCCGCUUCUUGCUCUCUCAUUGCCCUGCCUUUUUAGUACUCAUUUUUAAAAAAUAGGUAUUUGCUUUUUUAUUAUGUAUUUGGUCCUUUGAGACUGUGUAAUAAUCAAGAAUUAAUUUCAUUCUGGAUAGAAGUUAUGUGUUUAACAUUUUGUUCUCUUAAACUGUCUUUUGAAGCUAUGCUGCUAAUCAGGUACAGGCCAGAAAGGAGUUGGGCCUGACAGCACCCUGGUCGUGUCACUUAAGGAUGACAUUAAUGUCAUGAUGGUGACUCUUCAUUUGACCAAGGUCAGCCUCUUCCUCUUACCUCUGUCUGGUCAGUGCUGGCCAUGGGAAAAUAUCACCUCUUGGGUGAGUCAGUGAGGCCAGGAGGGGCCAGGUUUCAGUCCAUGGGGCACCAUUUGAAUAUCUCUUUAAUAAACUUAUUUGCAGGGCCAGCUCAAAUUGCAAUAGCCAAAGAAAACCUGUCUGACUCGACAUUUUAGUUCCUGAGAGUGGGUAAAAGUUCACCUAAAGCUAAUAUAUAGACAUCAGCAAUAACUGAGCUUCCGGAAGCUAGUUUCAACCAAAGCUAGUAUAGCCUGAAUUUCCACAGGAAGCUUGGUGCUGAGCUGUUCAGAGCAAUUAUUUGAGUGUUGCCAACUCUUUAGCCAUGCUUUCUUAACUUUAUUCUGACUUUUAGAGAUGUUGGUCCUUGUUCAUAGGCACAGCCUGAACCAAAGCUGUGGCUCACUGCUCACUUCAUUCUGCUCCCUGGUCAUGUAUAGCAACACAGUUUAAAAAUGAAAACAUGAACUGGGGAGUUAGGAAAUCUGGUUGCUAUUCCCUAUCCUUCUACUAACUAGCCUUGAGAUCUCAACUGCUCUGUGCCUCAGUGUUCCCAUCUGCAACAUGGGGAUAAUGCUAAUUGCCCUACCUACCUCACAGGGUUGUUGUGAGGGUAAACUGAGACAAUAAAUGGAAAGUACUUUGACAAGUAAGUACUAUGCAAAUUGUAAGAAAUGGAAACAAUCAUUUUAAAGGCAAUGGAAUGGACAUUGGCAGAGGGUUAAUGGAAUCGUCCAGCCCUUUCUCUGUGUGGUGUAAACCCAGGUUGCCAUUGCUUUAUACAUUUCCACUUAGCACAGAUUUGUAAUUAUGCAUGUAAUAAAUAAAGCACAGC